UCAAAAGCAUCAGCUACAAUCUGAAAAGGAACUGGGAAUGGUAAUAUUCACUCGCUGCAAGGAGAUGCUUGGAAAUCCAGGCUGAACUCAGAAGGCUCACAGGUCCCACCCAGCAAAAGCCUCUGGUUCCAAAUCUGUCAGAAGACCAGAACCUAAAUCCAAGCUGGGCCACUUAGUACUUGUGUGAGGUUGGGCAGCUCAUGCCCCUCUCUAGGACUCAGUUUCCUCCUUUGUAAAAUAAGGGGGGGGGUUGAAGGAGGUGCUUUCAGAUUUGUCUACAAUUCAUAUGAGAAGCAGGGGAAGGACCUGGGGCAUAUUCAGCCUGGGAAAGAGAAGAUUCAGAAAAGACACGGUAGCUGCCUUCAAGUAUCUGAAGAUCUGUGAGAAGAGUGAAGGUGCAGAAAGCAGGACAAGCUUCCUAAUGAUGAGAGCUGUCCCAAAAGGUUGCCUCAAGAGAUGGACCUUUCUUCACCGUGACAUGAAUUAACAGCUACAUUUCCCACCUGGUUCAUACUUCAUCCGACUAUUCUAUCUGACUAGAUCUACUGCCUUGAAGAGGAAGUGUGGCAUUCUUCCCUUGACCCCAUCUUUGCUUCUGGGUGAUGAAGGUUGUCUCAAUCGUUGCAGUCCUCCUCUUGCCCACGCUGACCCACAGCAGCUUCUGGCAGUUUGGAAGGAUGAUCAAGCUCGUGACUGGGAAAAAUGCCUUAUUCUCUUACUAUGGCUAUGGCUGUUACUGUGGCCUGGGGGGCAGAGGAAACGCAGUGGAUGAUACUGACAGGUGCUGUCAGGACCAUGACUGCUGCUAUGCUGAGCUGAAGACCUGUUGUGGCUGUCAGCCAAUGUUUACCACCUACCAAUUCCACAUUGUCAACAGAAGUGUGAUCUGCUAUGGUGGCAGGAGCAGCGGGAGUCUCUGUGGGUCACUGACCUGUGAGUGUGACAAGAGAUCUGUUCACUGCUUCAGAGAGAGCCUUCCCACCUAUAAGAAGAAUUAUCAGUUCUAUAGUCAGUCCCGGUGUGGUGUGAACAAGGUCGUGUGCUAAGGAAGAGGACAGGACAUAGUGCUUUCCCACGACAACAGAUGAGAGACUCCCCCUUCUCUUAAAACUCUGCACAAGACUCACCUUCAGGAAAACUUCCCAGAUUAAGCUCAGCACACUCAGAUCCAGACCCACAGAUUGUUAGAGUUUUGAACGUGGAUAUAGAAUGUUAGAGCUAGAAGGGCCUUUAGAACCUAGAAUGUCAGAGCCGAGAAGAAUCUCAGACUAUAGAAUUCCAGAGCUGGGAGGGACCUUAGAGCACAGAAUAUGAAAAUAGAAAGGACCUUUAGAACAUAGAAUGUCAGAACUAAAAUGGACCUUUUUGAUCACCUCAGGUUACAUGACGAUUUAUGUUUGAGUCAGCACCCCAUUGUAACCAUAGGUCAUGAGUUCCCAUUGGUAUGUUUACUUUUGCCAGACAGAGGACAUGUUGAUACGAAGCAAAAAACACUGCAACAAAGAGUAUUGCAAAUAAAGAGAAAAGAAAACAUACUCAAAAUACACACAGGUACAUUCCCC